CGGUGUACUUAGAUUAUGAAUAAUGACUAAGUGCUGUCAGUUCACGCUGGCGGGUCUGAAGCGGGUUUGUGCCAGUGGCAAUGAAGCCACGUUCCAGGGGUUCCUCGAGAUGUUCUCGAGGUACCAACAGUGGGCGGAGUAUGAAGAUGAGCUGUACUGUGAGGAAGACGAGGGCGACUCCUGUCUGUCGGAAUCUGACAGUGAGCUGGAGUUCCAGCUGUACUCCCAGCUGCACUACAACAUGGAGGUGCAGGAGAACCAGGAGGUCCAGGGGGAUACAGGUCAUGAGGGGCCCGAGGAGGAGCCGCUCCAGCCUGGCCGGGGAGCCCCGCCGGCUCCGCCUGCCCCCGUGGAAGUCAUCACGAUCGACUCGGGCCCCGAUGCCAUCACCAUUUCGGACAGUACGGAGGACGAAGACAGCGUAUGCGCCCUAAAACCUCGGCAGUCGCGGCCUCGCUGCCGGGUCAACGGGAAGGGGCCUCGGCCCUCCGCCUUGCUCGCUCCGCAGACCUCGAGGAGCGAAAAGGUCAGGAACGUGAUGGAGGAAGUGGUGGUGCUGUACUCAGACUCUGAUGAGAGCUCGGGAUCGGUGAUGCCGUUCGUGGAAGACCCGGAUUCAGAUUCGGAUUCGGAUUCGGAUUCGGACGGGUUGGAGAGCUGGAUGAUUCUCGGCCGGGACAGGGAAGAAGGGGACCAGGACAUCCAGCUCAACCUCUCUGCUGAGGGCAGGGGCAGGAUGCCAGCGUUCAGUGAGAAUGUGAAGGAUGGAGAGGGUCAACUGCACUGGGCCAUCUCAGACAGAGACAAAGAGGCGCAGAUCAUUAAUAAAGACGUAACCCCGAGGAGGCUGUCUAACCGAUACUACACUAACAAGACCGUCACCUGCCGCAACUGCAACAAGCUCGGCCACCUCUCCAAAAACUGCCCCACCCCUAAGAAGCUGCCGUGCUGUUCAUUGUGUGGCCUCCAGAGCCACUGGGUGAAGUUCUGUCCAAAUCGGCCCUGCUCCAACUGCUUUGUGCCUGGCCACUCAUACGACACCUGCCUGGAGAGGCCAUACUGGCAUAAACGCUGUCACCGCUGCACCAUGGCCGGCCACUUCGCCAACGCCUGCCCAGAAAUUUGGAGACAGUACCACCUCACGACAGCGGGAGGUCCUCCAGUUAAAGCCGUCCACCCACAGGCUUCCAGAUCUCCUGCGUACUGCUACAACUGCUCGAAAAAGGGACACUUUGGUCAUGAGUGUUCGGAGAGGAGAAUGUUUAACGGGACAUAUCCCACGCUGCCUCUCAUCUGCUCCUACGACACCCUGCAGGACGUUAGAUGCCGAGAGCGCUGGGCUCAGAAACGAGCCCAAGAGCUGCAAGAGGCAGGCCUGAUAGAGUCCACUGAAGCUCCGCACACUGCCCGACCCCCCCAAAAGAAACAGAAAACCUACCCCAAAAACACCUUUCCUCCUCAUACCCCUGCCACACACGUCCCCAAAAGACGCAUUGCGCACACCCCCAAGCACCACCCACGGACGACCCCCGGACCAAAUACACACACCCGUGGCCAACAGGGCAUGUGCACGCCGGCUCAGAAGGCCACACCCCCUUUGCAGAACACGUUCACACCCCAGCUGCAGGGGAAGAAGAAGAAGAAAAAGAAGAAGAAGAAGAAGAAGAACUUGAUCGUGCUCGACGAUGACAACUUUCCCCGCGGAUCGCCCUUGACCCAAAACGAACGGCGCUCCGGGAUGCUGUUCGGCUCCGGGAAGAAGCUGAAGAAGAAGAACCAAGCACAGAAGAGAGCUAGGAAAGCAGCCGGCAGCUGGGAUGGAGGAGCGCCAGACGAAAACCUGUUCGCCAUUAAACAAAGGAAACGGAGCAGAUAGCCGUAUGUGUGAAUGAGCGUCUGUUAGAACAACAACAAAAAAAUCUGAAAAAUGUAAACUAGUUUGCUUUGUCUCCCUCUACUGGCGAAGUCUCAAAGUGCAGGCGUGUUUCUCCCAGUGCAGCGCUGACUCCCAGUUCCUUCAGAACUCGGCGUCACUAAGAUCGUUUGUUCAUUAUCAGUAUAAACAAAUACGCCAAAUAUAAGUCUCAUCUUGGAUUCCUGAAGUAAAAAAGUAGUUCUAUUGUCUACUUACCAAAAUCACACUACAGUAAACGUGAUGCAUACUGAACAUCUUUUAAAUUCUUGACCUGACUAGUACAACUGCUCGAUUUUGCUGUGUGUCCAUUUAUGACGAUCGUCAUGGUAACGGCUCCUGCUGCUGUGAAGAUUCCUUACAGACCUUUAUUGUUUGGGGAGAAGAACAUUUGCGUUUGACUUUAGAAGGACUAAUAGAAAAAUGCCAUGCACAUCUGAAAAUACUUCUGCUUGUACAUAAGUUUAUAGUGUUUCUAUUUAAAUUGUGUACAUGUGUACAUACCUGUAGCUGUAUGCCAUGAUGGGGAAAUAAAUGCAGGGGUUUUUUUUU